ACAAUGGGUUGAGGUUUCUACAAGGGUGUGCUAGUUUAUGGACUGGAGGGGCAGUUGAAGAGAGAGUAGUUGAGAAUGUAAGAAGAUUGUGGUCAUAGAAGAGAGCUUAAGAGAUUAAAUAAGAGCAGAGGCAGAUGAAAACAAGGUCUUAUGUGUGUCCAUCUCUGUGGGUUGCAGUGGAGGACCACUGUGUGAGGCCAAAGAAGGAAGUAAGAGAUAGGAGUUUGGAGGCAGCUGAAUGGCAUGUGUCAAUAGGGAUGUUAAAAUCUCCCAUAAUGUUGGUGAGGAGACCAGAUAUUGAAAUGGUCGAAAAAGGCAGUAGCAGUGCCUGGUGGAAGGUAGGUGACAACCACUUGGAAGUUGGAAGGGGAGUAGAGGCGGACAGAGAAAACUUAGAAUGAAUAAACGUUGAGGAAGGGUAGAGAUGGGUUGAAGUCUGGAUGGGCAGAAGUGAUCAGUGUAGAGCAGGAGCCUGGACUUUAUCAUUCAUCCAUAAUAAAGUGUUAUCCAAAGAUUUAAAGGCUGGAGUCACACAGGCGGGGUUUAAUGCAGUUUUAUUUGUUAGCUUAAGCCAAGAUUAGUUUCAAAUGAAAUGGGAAAUACAACAAAAGGACUUGUACUUAUUCCUGCUAUAUCUACUUCUGAUUUUGGCUUAAAAACUGAAACAAAAAACACCAGUGUGUUUCCAGACGAAUAUGAAAGUUAUAGAUUUACCUACAUAAUGGUUUGAACAAAAAACUCAUGAAAUCAAUUUUUUUUACUUCUAACAGGAAAUCCCAGUAAAAAUUUUGAUCGAAACAUCAUGUUAUCUCUAGAUCAUAAAGGAGAAAAUGAAGAUAUCAUGCAGCUCUCUUCAAUUUCUCGUAAUGUACAUCCAGGACUUCACAGUGCAGAUCUAUCAUAUAAUCCCCCUAAUCAUAAAGAACCUUCUCCUGACCAAUCAAAUAUUGUUACCCCAAGUACCAAGAAAAAAGAUGGUUUUCAGUGUGGGGAAUAUGCAAAACAUUCUACACACAGAAGAGUUCAGAGAAGAGAGAAAUUAUAUUUAUGUCCAGAAUGUGGGAAAUGUUUUAUAUAUGAAUCACAACUUGUUAAGCAUGAGAGAAGUCACACAGGAGAGAAGCCAUAUUCAUGUUCAGAAUGUGGGAAAUGUUUUAGUUCUAAAGACAUACUCAAGGUUCAUGAAAGAAAUCACACAGGUGAGAAACCAUAUUCGUGUUCAGAAUGUGGGAAGUGUUUUACAAAUAAAUCAGAUCUUAAUAAACAUCAGAGACGUCACACAGGAGAGAAGCCUUAUUCAUGUUCAGAAUGUGGGAAAUGUUUUAACAGAAAAGCACAUCUUAUUACACAUCAGAGAAUUCACACAGGGGAGAGGCCAUAUUCAUGUUCUGAAUGUGGAAAAUGUUUUACAGAUCAAUCAGGUCUUGCUAAUCAUCAGCGACAUCACACAGGAGAGAAGCCAUAUUUAUGUUCAGAAUGUGGGAAAUGUUUUACACAUAAAUCUGGUCUUGCUAAACAUCAAAGAAUUCACACAGGAGAAAAUCCAUAUCCCUGUUCAGAAUGUGGGAAAUGUUUCAUCAGAAAAUCUAAUCUUAUUACACAUCAAAGAAUUCACACAGGAGAGAAGCCGUAUUCAUGUUCAGAAUGCGGGAAAUGUUUUAGCAAAAAAGCAACUCUUGUUACACAUCAGAGAAGUCACACAGGAGAGAAGCCAUUUUCAUGUUCAGAAUGUGGGAAAUGUUUUAUCAAAAAAUCAAAUCUUACGACACAUCAGAGAAUUCACACAGGAGAGAAACCAUUUUCAUGUACAGAAUGUGAAAAGUGUUUUUUUUCUAAAGCCACCCUCAAAGUUCAUCAGAGUAGUCACACAGGAGAGAAACAAUUUACGUGUUCAGAAUGUGGAAAGUGUUUAGUUUCUAAAGCCCACCUCCAAGUUCAUCAGAGAAGUCACACAGGAGAGAAGCCAUAUUUAUGUUUCCUGUGUGGGAAAUGUUUUGUAAAUAAAUCAAAUCUUGUUAUACAUCAGAAAAUUCAUACUGAAGAGAAGCAAUAUUCAUGUUCAGAAUGUGGGAGAUGUUUCAUCAAAAAAUCUAAUCUUGUUACACAUAAGAGAAUUCACACAGGAGAGAAGCCGUAUUCAUGUUCGGAAUGUGGGAAAUAUUUUAUCAAAAAAUCUAAUCUUCUUACACAUCAGAGAAUUCAUACAGGAGAGAAGCCAUAUUUAUGUUCACUGUGUGGGAAAUGUUUUAGAAAUAAAUCAAAUCUUGUUAUACAUCAGAAAGUUCAUACUAAAGAGAAGCAAUAUUCAUGUUCAGAAUGUGGGAAAUGUUUCAUCAGAAAAUCAAAUCUUGUUACACAUAAGAGAAUUCACACAGGAGAGAGGCCAUAUUCAUGUUUGGAAUGUGGGAAAUAUUUUAUAAAAAAAUCGAAUCUUCUUACACAUCAGAGAAUUCAUACAGGAGAGAGGCCAUAUCCAUGUUUAGAAUGUCAGAAAUCUUUUACAGACAAAUCAUAUCUUGUUAGACAUCAGAGAAUUCACAUAGCAGAGAAGCCAUUUUACACAGUCAUUGUUGAUGACCACUUUGCCCAGUUGGAGUUGGCAGGAGAUAGUCAGCGGAAUGAUCCCCCAUGUAAGAGUGAGGUGGAGGAGGACAUUCCAGUCCAUGUGACCACAGGAAAUCCCAGUAAGAAUUUUGAUCGAGACUUCAUGUUAUCUCUAGAUCAUAAAAAAGAAAAUAAAGAUAUCAUUCAGUGCUCUUCAGGUCAAAGGCUAAUUUCUCGUAAUGUCCAUCCAGGACUUCACAGUGCAGAUCUAUCAUAUAAUCCUGCUAAUCAUGAAGAACCUUCUCCUGACCAAUUAAAUAUUGUUACCCCAAGUACCAAGAAGAAAAGGGGUUUUCAGUGUGGGGAAUAUGCAAAACAUUCUACACGCAGAAGAGUUCACACAGAAGAGAAAUUAUAUUUAUGUCCAGAAUGUGGAAAAUAUUUUAUAUAUAAAUCACAACUUGUUAAGCAUGAGAGAAGUCACACAGGAGAGAAGCCGUAUCCAUGUUCAGAAUGUGGAAAAUGUUUUAUUUCUAAAGACAACCUCAAGGUUCAUGAAAGAAAUCACACAGGUGAGAAACCAUAUUCAUGUUCAGAAUGUGGGAAGUGUUUUACAAAUAAAUCAAAUCUUGUUAUACAUCAGAAAAUUCAUACUGAAGAGAAGCAAUAUUUAUGUUCAGAAUGUGGGAAAUGUUUCAUCAAAAAAUCCAAUCUGGUUACACAUCAGAGAAUUCACACAGGAGAGAAGCCAUAUUCGUGUUUGGAAUGUGGGAAAUGUUUUAUCAAAAAAUCUAAUCUUGUUACACAUCAGAGAAUUCACACAGGAGAGAAGCCGUAUUCAUGUUCGGAAUGUGGGAAAUGUUUUAUCAAAAAAUCUAAUCUUGUUACGCAUCAGAGAAUUCAUACAGGAGAGAGGCCAUAUCCAUGUUCAGAAUGUCAUAAAUCUUUUACAGACAAAUCGCAUCUUGUUAAACAUCAGAGAAUUCACAUACUGUAGCAGAGAAGCCAUUUUAGUCUGUGGAAAAUGUUUUUCAAGGACAUUAAAUUUUGAAACACAUUAGAGAAUUCACACAGAUACGAAACCGAGAAAUCUGCAAGUGGGAAAGAUUUUGUGACUUUUAGGUUAAAUUUUGCAAUAUUUGAUGAGUUUUGGCACUCUCACUCCACUCAAAAGUGGAGUGAAAAGUAGAUCGGGAUUAGAACAGUGUUAUGUCUAAGUUAUGCUGUGCUACUAGUUUCAUCUCCACCACAGGCAACCCCCUGGAAUAUUCUCACUAAGAGUAGCUAAACCACAUCGCACUUGCAUCAUAAUAAAAAAAAAAAAUGAGAGCCACUUCAUAAAUUAGGUGCAGCAACACAAACCAAAGACUUAAACAGUUGUAUAAGCAUUAGGUUUGUAGUGCAAUACAAAAGAAAGGUAAUAAAAGGGAAUAAUACAGAAAAAUGUAUUUCAUCUUUCCACAGAGCAAAAUAAAG